ACAGCUUCAGGAGAAACACCCUGAGGCACAAGAGGCCAAACUUGGCUCGUUACUCUUCGGGCCAUUUGAGGAAGUGCACGAUUCGUUAUAUCAGCAGAUUGAUGGCGAAAUGAUACACGAGACAGCAUUGCGAACCAAGGGCUCCAGCGGCCCUUCAGGAGUGGAUGCAAAUCGAUUCAAGCGUAUUUUCGCAUGUAAAUCGUGA